AAUAAUUUACACAAUUAUGGUUAACUGUGGAAGUUGUGGUCAGGAAGCAAGAGACUGUGUUCAAUGCAGUUCAUGUUCUAGGCAUUUUGACUACCAAUGCUCAGGUAUUACCGAGGCCGGGUACCGUAAACUUGGCAUAGAAAGGCAGGCAGCCUGGAGAUGUCCUUCCUGCAAAUCUGGUGGAUCAGCUAUUUCACCUCGUAUAAUUUCAGGAGAAAGCGGCUUAUUACCCAAGCCAGUGACAUUGGAUCAAGUCAUGCAAGAGCUCAGAAAUAUCAAACGCACAGUGGAUUCGGUGUCAAACAUUGUUGCGGGUAUCGAAAGCAUUAAAAGUGACGUCAGCGAGUUGAAAACCUCAAUGGGUCAAUUCACAUUAAAAUUUCAAGGUCUAGAAGAAAGGAUCCAUGUUAUAGAACAAGCCCAAGCUGAGGUUCUGAAGCUAAGUGACCGUAUUCUUACUAUGGAAAGUGACCUGAAUGAUAAAAAUCAGUGGAUGCGGCUGAAUAAUGUGGAGAUCAAAGGUGUUCCCAUGAAGGACCGUGAAAACCUGUUUGAAAUUAUAAACAAAAUUGGAAAUAAAAUUCAAUAUCCCAUCACAAAACAAAAUAUAAAUUUUUUGGCGAGAGUGCCUUCGAGAGAUGGCCUAGCCGUCAGGGCCAAGCCGAUUAUAGUUUCAUUUUUAAGUAGGUAUGUGAAAGAGGAUUUUGUUGCCUCUGCACGUUCAUUCAAGAAGUUGAUUGCUGCGGACAUUGACUUGCCAGGUACCUCGCCAAUAUUUAUUAAUGACCAUUUAACUGUGGAAAAUAAGAUCCUUCUUAAGAAAACUAAAAAAUUGAAGGAAGAAAAGAACUUUGAUUUCGUCUGGGUAAAAAACUGCAAAAUAUUCGCAAGAAAAAACCCGGGAUCCAAAAUAAUAACUAUCAAGAGCGAGAAAGACUUGUUAAAAAUGCAGUGAGGUCUAUUUGUUAUAAUAACUCAGUUUGUUAUAUUAUA